GCGUCGCGAGCCGCGUUCAUUCAGAUUUAGACUGACUACAGAGAGCGUGGGCGUCCACUCUGCUGCAGUCUCUAUUCCCGUUGUCUAGGUUACGGGAACCUGAAUGGAUAGAACUACAUCUGCACUGAUGUGUUUCUGCGUUUUUCCUUGAGUCGACCUUGCGAACUAGUUGUAGUUGACGUUAUGAUGAUCGGCCACUUGAUGGUGGUCGACAUCUUAGGGUUACUUGCCCUUGUUGUCUUCUAAAUUUCGUGUUUUAAGUGUGUGCUGGUGACAAUGUUGAAGUGUUUUCCCUUCGCUUAUCAUAACUUACAAGAAGAUGAUUAUUGUCAUGUGUCCAUAGGUAAACCGUCGGUGCGGACGUUUCGAAAGACGGACACAGCCGCUACCUUGCCAAGACCUAAGCCCUCACCAGCGUCUUCACAGUUCUUGCUCACUUUCAAACCGAAGAACACAAGACAUAUUGAAAAGCAGGAGGCCCUUCGUAAGGCAGCGGGGCUCAUUUCGGCGCACCAGGGGCCAGAACUUGCGGACCGCUACACUCGGUUCCCCAGGUCAUUGUCCCAAGUCUCUGAUCCGCCCGGUCAUAGGAUCGACAACAUGAGCCGCGUGAGGAUCCACUGGGCAGGCGGAGGUGGUACGAGUUCCGCCGGUGGUGUGAAUCCAAGUAGCGGUGGUGCCGACAAUUUUAUCAACAAACCUCCCCGAGGCUGGCUCCAUCCAGAUCAAGAAAUUAGAGAUGGCGGUAUAUGCUAUGGAAUAAGGUAUGUUGGCUGCCUGGAGGUAAACACAUCCAUGAAAAGCUUAGACUUUGAUACCAGGUCUCAAAUAGCCAAGGAAUGUAUUAACCGAGUUUGUGAAGCUGCAGGUCUGAAGACAGUUGACAAAAAACGAAAAGUGGAUAAAAGAAUUAGCCGAAUGUUAGCAGAAAAACCAAACAUGGAUUUUGCUGGCUCUAAUGUCAACUUGACGAUCACCAGUUCCUACCUAAGUUUGAUCGUUAUGGAAUCAGGAGAGGUUGUGGUAAAUCAUGAAAUGCCAAAUAUAUCAUUUGCUUCAGGAGGAGAUGCUGACACAUUAGAUUUCAUAGCAUAUGUGGCAAAAGACCAGCGGUAUGGCCGGGCAUGCUUUGUUCUUGAGUGUGGUGGAGGUUUAGCACAAGAAGUUAUCACUACUAUUGGUCAAGCUUUUGAACUUAGAUUUAAGGAAUUUCUCCGUAGAGCUCCCCGUAGCAUCAAUAUUCAAGACGGCCAACGAAUGGAGAAUUCUGUAAUCAAUGGUAGCAGAUCGGCUAGCACUGAUGACCCAGAGUACUAUAAUGACCUGCCAGGAAAGAUCCCACCAGAUGGACCACCACCUGUACCUCCAUUACCUGAUUAUCAUACCGCUACACAGAAUGGAGCGAUGGCACCAUUACAGUAUGCAGCAAUAAAAGAACCAACACCAUCAUCUGCUCCUAAAUCUUCAGCCGUCACAGAAGAGAAAGAGAACACAACCUCAGAUAAUUUGAUAGACUUUGGUCCUGAAGGCAGUGUAGCUGUUCUUCCAAAAAGACCUGAACCAGAAUAUGUCAACACCACAUUAUGUAUGGGAAAUAAAGUUGGAAGUGACAUACCACCUGCUUCAAGUAACCAUUCCCCAACUCCAUCUCUGCUGCCUCCUCGAGAACCUCCUGUUUCUAGGGAUCCUUUCGAUAUGCAACCAUUUGACAGUAACCUUCCAUCAAAUCAAUAUCCUCUUCCGCCACCACCACCUCGUCAUGGACCGUUACCUUAUAACAAAAGCACUGUCCAAUCAGUACCGAAAACUGUGUCACCUGCCAGUCUGAAAGCAGCUCUCCAACAGGAAGAGUGGUUUCAUGGACCAAUCAGUCGCAAGGACAGUGAAGCUCUAGUGGUACAUGAUGGAGACUUUCUAGUGCGCGAGUCCCAAGGGUCACCAGGACAAUAUGUAUUAACAGGCAUGCGAAGUGGGCAGCGUAAACAUUUACUGCUUGUGGAUCCGGAAGGAGUAGUUAGAACGAAGGACCGGACCUUUGAGAGUGUUAGUCACCUGAUCAAUUAUCAUCGUGACAAUGGCCUUCCGAUCAUCUCUGCAGAGAGUGCUCUUCUCCUGCGAACAUCAAUCCCUAGAACAAAAUCAGUUCGCUGAGUUGGAGAAUUCUUCACAUUCAAAAUUGCAUUUGGAUAGACAGUUGAGGAGCAACUAGAGUCAAAUGUGGUUGUUUUACAAAGAACACUAAGAACUGACAGGAAAUAGUAGUCAGAAGUUGUUUUGUAAAGUCAUCAGAUAUUUAUCUUGUUGAGUUGCCAAAAAAAAAAAAGUCUUGGCUAAGGAAAGAAAAUUUAAGUAUAAAAAGCACAGGCUUCCAAGCACACCAUUUUACAUAUUACUAACUGUAAUAAGCUUUUGCAAAGUAUUGUGUUCACCUUAUUGUAGAAUGCCUGUACAGAAAAUAAAACAAUCAAAUAAAUGUUUACAUGUUUCCUAAAAUACAAGCCAUUAAAAGUAAUUGCCAUAAAGUAGGCUUAAGAGCUACAGUGCUAUUUUCUUAAUACAAAGAAAGCAGUAAAAAAAUGUCUGAAUUUUUUUGAGAAUAUUUUGCUAAUGAAUCUCAUUAUCAUCAAAAACAGUGAUUUACAAGUGAGAAAACGUCUUUAGAGAAAAAAAUAUUUUUUUGGUAGCUACAGAUUUAAAGAGAAGUUACCUUUUUAAACAUGCUGCGUUACUCACCAUUCAAGUGGAUACAUAUUAUUUAUGGCUACUUUGUAGUAACCAAUUAAAUACAUAGUCUCCUGCAAAUCUAGUGUUGUAUAGUUUUUUGGUACUAAAGACCACAAAUGCAAGUAUCCAAUGAAAAAACUUUCACUAAUAAAUAAAUAAAAGUAUACAUCAUCAAACUAUCCUGAUGUUAAGAUUUAAACUCAA